UGAACUGAAGUGAAGCUUUGGGAGCUGGGAGCAGCUCUGCUCGCCUCACAUUCACACAGGGAGCAUGUGAGUUGUUUUUUUCCCGAGGUGUUCUGUUGGAAUCAAAAACAGGGAAAAGCCACGCAGGACCAGACGCAAGGCACUUGUUGUUGUUGAGCGGUUUCUUACCCUCAGGAGGGGAGAAGAUGUCUGGAUCUCUCUUGCAGGACGAGAAAGUCUUCAAAGACUUAAAUGUUGUGGCGAUGCUCCAUCAGUUUUGGGAGCAAAAGCAAGAGAAGGGAGCGUCCGUCCACCAAGAGGAGAACCUGGUGGUGUACGAGUCCUCCCCCUCCCCCGUGCCGCCUUUCAUCUGCUACGUCACGCUGCCAGGCGGGAGCUGUUUUGGCAAUUUCCAGGACUGCUACACUAAGGCAGAAGCCAGACGUGACGCCGCCCGCAUUGCCCUGAUGAACUCCAUGUUCAAUGAGCUGCCCUCUCGUCGGAUCACCCCUGAGUUCAUCACCAGGAGCAUAGAGGAGGCUGUGGCUACCACUAAUGGCUCCAUUGAAGACGCCUCAGACCCCGGCACAAGCAUUGGAGCCUACUGCCUCAUGCUUGAAUCAAACACUGGCAGAACCAUGCUUGAAUUUCAGGAGAUCAUGACAAUGUUUCAACUGCUGCACUGGAAUGGCUCAUUAAAGGCAUUCAGAGAAAGGAAAUGCAGCCGACAGAACGUCAUAGACUACUACUCGCAGCACCGUCUGGACGAGUGCACACGGAGCCACAUGGUGUUGGACUGGAUGGUGCGCGAGCAGCAGACGCCAGGCCGCGUCUCCCAGGAGCUCCAGGGGGCGCUGCAGCAGCUGGAGCAGGCCCGGCGCUCGGGACGCGAGCUGCGCUUCUACAAGGAGAAGACGGAGAUCCUGAGCACGGCCCUCAGCCAGGCCUAUGGCAGCCACCACCAGCAGCAGCAGCACGACGACCAGCAGCACCACCAUCACCAGGCGCAGAUGGGGUACUGCAGCCCAACCGGCAGCAUGGGCCGCCGCAGUCAGGAUUACACCCAGCUGAACCAGCAGAUUGAGUACUGCAGCCCCAGCCCAUAUAACACACAAUACCAGCAGCAACAGCAGCAGGUGGACUACUGCAGUCCCAGCAGUUUCAGUGAGGACCGCUGGUCUCAAGCCGAGACACUCCCACACUACAGUAGACACAGCAGUCACGCUAGUCACCAGCACCAGCAGCAGAACCAGCAGAUGGACCACUGCAGUCCCAGCUCCCAACAGCAGCAGUUGCAGCAGCAGAUGGACUACUGCAGUCCCAGGAGUCGCUGUGAGGACCGCUGGUCUCAGGCAGAGACGCUGCCAGAGUACAGCAGACACCAUCAGCGACAGCCCAGCCAGGAGAGCACCCUGACGGACCAAAGCUAUGACUUCUACUCGCAAGAGAGUGUGAAUGAUAGGGAAUCUCUUGGUUGAUGUGUUUGUUGAUGUGCUGUCGUUGUUGUAUGAACUGAAAGAUGACUUAUGUCUUGACAGGGUCAACAUUGUGGUAUGUGUUUUUUUCCCACAGGUUGUGGGAACAGUUGCAGUCUGCUUAGUAGGUCCUUGGAUAUAAUGAGAAAUUAUGAAUUGCCACUGUCCACUCCUUCCCAUACUUCGUCAACAGAGUUGUAUGGGACAUGAGCAAAAAAUAACCUAUAAAAAUGUGAACCUUUAUCAGUGUCUGAUGAACGAAAAAUUGGCAAAGUUCACCAGGAACCAACAGUCGGCCUAAUAGUAGCCUUAUCAGAACCCAAUCUUUAUUGCCAAUUUCAUAUUUUAUUAUUUUGGUAGGUGGUGCCAGUUUCCAUAAUCACAAUGAAACGGUAUAUUUGCCCCAUGUUGGUCAUUGGCCUGUCCCAUUAUUCACAGGGGAUUUAUACAAUGUCUAAGCCUAGAUUAAUGACUUAAACUGGGGUCUGCUCUAUGUGCCCACAGCCCAUUGGUCCCACAGCCCAAUGGUCCCACAUCUCAUUCCUGCUGCUCCAUUUUCACUCAUUUUUAAGAAAUAAUUCAAAUAUAAGCCUUAUGUUCUACAUCUCCAUGUUCCCCUAGCUCUGAGUAAACUAACGUGCCUUUCUCCCCGCCAUGGAACAUGGGGCAUACAUUUGAAUAAAUUAUCUGAUAUUUGGGAAGAUAGAGCGGCAGGAAUAUGCUAUGGGGCCAAUGGGCUGUGGGACCAGUGGGCCUAAAAAAUAAUGUUAAAACUGUUAGUGAUGUGGGACCAAUGGUUUGUGUGAACAUAGACAUGUAACAUGCUCACAGGAACGACUCUUGCCAGAUGAAUGUAGUUCCACCUUGCCCCACACUUUACACACAAAAGAUGUGCCUUGUGUCAUGGAAAAAGGGAAGACAUAAAC